AUGUCUCAUAUUAAACCAUUUUUAGAAACACCUUCAGUAAAAUUUUCAAUACUUUUUUCUAAUCCCGGUGUUGUAAAAUUCCAAGAGGUUGACAACAGUCCCUUUAAGCUAUUGAAGACUAAACUUAGUGACGAACAAAAAUUAUCAGGCGUUGACUGUAAUCCAGAACCAAGCCAAGAAAAAG